AACAUUUGAACGUUCCCGCUGGGUUUCGGGUGCUCAAAAUUUAAACUCUACAACUCUAUAUGAUAAAACGUCGAGUGUCUCUGAUUACAGAUGAUUGAGUGAAACAGUAGUUGUCUUUUGUAGAGCGGAUAGUAUGAUGUGUACCCGAGCGGCAUUACCAGCGUUUACGAGGAUCAUAAAAGCCAUUUUUAAAAGCGUUGAAUAAUCUUCUAUUUUGUUCGAGUGAUAAUUCAACAAUUAUUAUUUACCAUCGCAAGUUUUUUUCGAAUAAAAAAAGAGACACCCGCGCAGCCAGUGACGAUGUAAAAGGGUAACCCGUCCGUAAUACUGGAUCAGCCCCAAAUUGAGGUCAAUAACCAAUAUCAAUCGCAGAUGGAAUUCGAGCAAUACUGAAUACUGACGAGUCUCCGGUGCUACAAACGUUAUGCGAGGAGAAAGGCUACUUUAAUUUGAUUCUGUCAUGAGGAAAGACCAUCAACCCGAUUCAUGUUUUGGGUUGAUUUGAUGGUUUUCGCAUCAAGAGCACAGGAAUUGUCGCCAGCAUAUACCAUUCAAGAUUAAUUAUAAAGGUGCGUAAAGGUAUAGCGAUUAGAACCAAGAUCAAAGACCCUUCAUCCACUUAUAAUAACCUAUAGAGAGAGGGGAAAUAUUGGCAUCUUCCAGUACAUCCAUCUUAGCCUCUAGGACUACAAAUUAGUCAAAUCUUUUACAAACUCUUCGGGUUUCCACCAUCGAGGGACGAGGGAUGUGCUUGACAUUAAGCAUUAAGGUAAGGUUUUAAGACCUGACGGUUAAACCACCACCUAUUCGGAAAGCACUUAAGUCUCGAGACUCUUUUGUCAGGGAGUUGCUAGCACGCAGGAACACGUGAAUAAUUGAGUCUGAUGAGACUCAGAUGCUUUAUUAUUUUGGACAGCCAUCGAGUCAGCCUGUUCACACGAUUAAGGUGUAUUAUGUUGGUAGAAUUUCAAAAGCCAUAUUUAAUACUAAACUCUGAAGUUUGAAGCGUAAACUUGACUUUAAAAAUUUGGUUCGCAUUUUUUAACUCUGUGGAUCUGUAAAAUUACAUGACGGGUCUAUUAACAAGGUACUUGCAGAAGAUUGUCCAAAUUGUAAGAGAACGUUCGAAGACAAGAAGAGUAUGCCGAUGAAGCAACUUAAAACCCAUGAAAAUCAAUAUCAUUUCUCAAAGGGUUGAUCAUUGCGCUACACAAUAUAACGAGUAUAUUUCGCCUCAUCGCGCUUUUCAGAUAUGGAAAUUAAGAUAAAAGAGACAAUUAAUUAUGAAAUGAACGAACAAACCUUCAAGUCUCAAGGCAUUUAUUUUACCUCAUAGUCAAUUCAUAUCACAUAAAAAAAAACAUUGCUAGCGGUAUCGACCUCUGACGCCACGGCCGCAUGGACUUUUAAUUAACCAAAUACGUUUUCGAUAGCUGAUGGGUCUACAGUGUUAUGAGGUGAAGUAUCUAAUUCACAUCUGAAAACAAAACAAACCUCAAGUGAUAUCUGUAGAAUAUCGGAGUACAUCUGCAGCGAAUCAAAUAACAAUGGACUUUAAUGAAGCUUUCAUCUGGCAAAUUUCGUAACAAACAACUCCCAAUUGACAUCAAUUAUUCUAAUAUGCACCGCCUAUUAACACAAGUUAUCCUCCUAUCGCAAACAUGACUUAUCUAGUAAUUAAUGGCAAUGAAGUAUCAUUAUCUCCAUUAUUGAUGGAAGUGGUAUGCCAUUUUCAACUAAGCCAGUCUAGAAUCUUUUAUUAAAAAUUAAUAUUCCAAUCAAUUUUUUUGCAUGAUGGUGGUUUUCAUCUGAUUGACUACUGACUAAGGAAAACACAAUUCAGGCACCAGUGUGUGUUAGCAACUGUGGUCGGAGACGAGAGAAAAGUCAACGGAUAUCGUAAUGGAGUACAAUCAUCUUGACGACGUCUACGACGUCGAAAUCUCAAAUAUUACCACGAAUUCGUCGUCCUCUUCUAGUAGUUCCUAUUCGUAUUCAAUCGACUACGUGUAUUGUCCAACGCUGACUGUUGAACGCGCCAAGGACUUGAUAAAGACAUCAGCUCCCAUAUACACAAGUGGAGACAAGAUAUACAUGGAGUUCUUGUUGCCGUUGUUGCUCUUCGUCGGGUUGGUUGGGAACCUCUUGUUCAUUUAUGUGGUCUGCAGCAUGUCUACAAUGCGCACAGCAACAAACUGGUGCCUGGCCAACUUAGCUGUUGCAGAUCUAGUGUUCCUGACCUUUGGCAUCGGCGAGAAGCUAUGGAUGUACCACCACUCUCCAUUUGUUAACGAUCGGUUCUCGUUCGGUGAGUUUGGCUGCCCGGUCGUGUUCGCCAUCAUCGACGCGUCCUACUUCGCCGCGCUUUUUAUGGUGACGCUCGUGUCCAUGGAGCGGUAUUACGCGGUAUGUCGUACUCAGAGCGCGCGUACUAAUACGCGCAAGUCCAUGUUCAUUGUCCUGGUGGUGCUGUCUUGGGUGAUAAGCAUCGGGAUAGCUGCGUCCUUCGCUCCUGCCUCGAACUUCAUGUGGAUCGGCUGUCGCGUAUGGCCGGACGUGGACCCGUAUAAAAACCUUCCCAUAUACAAGGGAUUCUGCAUAGCAUCCGAAGGAUUCGAGAAGUUUCCACUUUAUCUCAACAUCGCCAGAACCAUCCCUUUUUUUAUUCUGAUCUUCUUCAAUCUAUUCUUGUAUGUCUGUAUAGUGAGGAGCAUGAGUCGAGCCGUUCGUGAGACGCGCUUUGCAGGACGCGAGGACACGAAUCUUAAGCAACGGAACCAGGUAGCAGGCAUGCUCAUGGUCAACGGCCUGAUAUUCUUCAUCUGUUUAGUGCCCUUCGAGAUAUUCUGCAUCCUCAAGGCCGUCAACAUGAUUCGACCAGAGGAUUCACCACUUGUUACUGAGAGCGUAACAGUUCCACUAAGGUAUACCUCCCAAACCAUGUCGUACAUUAACAAUGUGGUCAAUCCGGUGAUUUACAUUGGAUUGAGCAAGCGAUAUCGCGAUGCCUUCAAGAAGGCCAUCAUGUGCCGGAAACGUUCAGACUAUUCAUCUCGGGUCAAGAGUAGAACCAGGUCAUCUACCACAACCAGUACGGCAUUGAGCGUACAUGUAAACAGACCCGUUAAUGUACAAGGUACUGUAUAGGUAUCAUGCCGCAUAGAAUCAUUACCUAACUACACUCUCUGAAACUUCAAGGACAAGUCCACCACCCCUAACAAAAAUUUGAAAAUUU